AUGUCUAAUAUAAUAAUACCCGGAGACUCUCUAUCUAGCCACUUGAAUGAGGAAUCAACCAUCACUAUAGGGCCUGGGAUCUACAAGAACCCGAGGACCCAGGACAUCAUUCCUCUGCAAGCAGGCUUCCUCAAAGACGAGACAACCAGCAAGAAGAACAAAGAACAGCUAAUCUAUAUUGAAUCAAACUCAAAAAGAUACAUUCCCCAGGUCAACGACUUGGUUCUUGGUAUUGUCACGGGUAGUUUUUCCGAAUUCUUUAGAGUACAGCUCCAAGAAUACUCCCAACCAGUCCAACUUUCGAUGAUGGCUUUUCCAAAUGCCACGAAAAAGAACAGACCAAACUUGAAGGUAGGCCAGGCAGUAUACGCACGUGUCUCGGAAGCUGUGCCCGAGGUUGUGACCGAAAUUGAGUGUAUUGACCCGGAAACCGGAAAAGAAGGCGGCUUCGGUCCGCUAGAUGAGAGAGGCUACAUCUUUGAUGUCAACCUUAACUUUGCUCGCGAGUUGCUCUUCAACAAGAGCUUUGUUGUUUUGGAAAAGCUUGCUGCCAAAGUGCCUUUUGAGAUUGCCAUCGGAAUAAAUGGAAAAAUCUGGUUAAAGUGCGGGGCAGACGAACCCGAAGAGCAGAACGAGGAUGGAGAUAUCGAAAUGAAGGAUUCUGCCACCGUUACUUUGAAGCAAAUCAAAAUCACGUUGGCUGCUGCGAAAUACAUCAUUGCGUGUCAGCAUAUUCCGCAAGAAAGGGUCGAUGCAGAAUUGAAAAAGGCAUUGAAGGGGGCUUUGUAG